AUGGCAACUUUCGACAUAAACCAUCUCUUCAAUGUCAAAGACAUGGUCUUCGUGAUCACGGGCGGAGGCAGCGGCCUCGGGGAAAUUAUGGCAUCGGCCUUAGAUGCCAAUGGAGCUUCCAAAGUCUUCAUACUGGGUCGAAGGGAGGCCUCCUUGAAGAAAGUGGCGGAGAACGCGGCGAACAAGACUAUCAUCGCAGUCAUCUGUGACGUGACUUCCAAAGAUAGCCUCAGCGCAGCAGCAGCCUUCAUCGAGAAGGAGUCAGCGUUUGUCAACGCAGUCAUCGCAAACUCCGGGGCGGUAGGCCCACUCACAUCGAUGCCCCCACGUUCUGCAGAUGCCACCAUAGCGGACAUUCAGCAGCAGCUUUGGGACACCUCGUUCGCCGAGUCGGAGGCACCACUGAGCACUAACGUCCUCGGAUCGUUCUACACCUUCUUGGCGUUCCUCGAAUUGCUAGAGGCAGGCAACACCAACGCCGAUAGCCGUGGCAAGAAAGACUUCAUCCAGAGCUUCAGCAGAAUGGAGACCGCGGGAUAUCCUUACAUGGCCAGCAAAGCCGGUCUAUGGCACCUUACGAAGUCUUUGGCAACCCAAUUCGCAAAGCUAGGUAUUCGGGCAAAUUCCAUCGCCCCAGGGCUUUAUAUCACCGAGAUGACUGAGCUCAUGGCUGGCGGGAAGGACUUAAGCAUUCCCGGAAGCCUGCCCGUUGAUCUCAUCCCGAUGACUCGGACUGGUAGCAAAGAGGACAUUGCUGGCGCGAUACUGUUUCUGUGUUCCAGAGCUGGAGCGUUCGUCAAUGGCAAUGUUAUACUCUCGGAUGGUGGCACGGUAGCAAUUCAACCUGCCUCGUACUAA